AUGAAAUUAGCAUUGCAUGAUUCACAAGGGAAUAUAAGGAUGGCCCAUCCUCAGGAGCCUCACCACCCCUCUGAGAAGCCGGUCAUCCACUGCCAUAAAUGUGGGGAGCCAUGUAAAGGUGAAGUACUCCGUGUUCAGGCCAGACACUUUCACAUCAAAUGCUUCACCUGCAAAGUGUGUGGCUGUGACUUGGCACAAGGAGGCUUUUUCAUUAAGAACGGGGAAUAUCUUUGCACCUUGGAUUACCAGCGCAUGUAUGGUACUCGCUGCAACGGUUGUGGGGAGUUUGUGGAAGGUGAAGUAGUGACAGCUCUGGGAAAAACUUACCAUCCAAGCUGCUUUGCCUGUACUGUUUGCAAACGUCCAUUUCCACCAGGCGAUCGAGUUACCUUCAAUGGAAGGGACUGUCUCUGUCAGAUGUGUGCUCAGCCGAUGGCCUCCAGUCCAAAAGAAUUGUCUGCCUCAAGCAAUUGUGCUGGCUGUGGAAGAGACAUAAAAAAUGGACAAGCAUUGCUAGCUCUGGAUAAGCAGUGGCACCUGGGGUGCUUUAAGUGCAAGGCCUGCGGGAAGGUCCUAACUGGGGAAUACAUCAGCAAAGAUGGUGCUCCUUAUUGUGAAAAGGACUAUCAAGUUCUUUUUGGAGUCAAAUGUGAAGCAUGUCACCAGUUCAUUACUGGGAAAGUCCUAGAGGCAGGUGACAAGCAUUAUCAUCCGAGCUGUGCACGAUGCAGCAGGUGCAACCAAAUGUUCACGGAAGGAGAAGAAAUGUAUCUGCAAG